AGAGGUGUGCUUGUUGUUUUCCUUCAUCGUGCCGAAACAUGCGUUGCUUUCUGCGGGGAAAAUUAAUGAAAAUUGCAAAAGAACGAUGCACCAAAGAGAAGGACACUACCGACCCCACUUGACAAUCUCGUAAUUCUAUUCUUGUGGGAGUGCAAAAACGGAAUUCAAGCCGUCUGGUGCAUCCUUUUGUUCCUUCCUUCCUCGUCCUCCUACUAUUUCGUACCUCUCCCGAUCGAAAUCCCAGAUACGCAUUGUGGUGUUUUGGGACGAAGAAGCUUCAACAGAUACAAAGGUGAAGCCUUUUUUCUGGCUUUCCUCCUCGUAAGAGAGAAAAAGAGGAGGAGAGAGAUAUAAGCUAGUCAAAUUGUUUUUGGUUCUUUUUUUGUAUUGAUUUAUAUAUAUAUAUAUUUUAUAUUGGGGAAGAGAGGGAGAGAAACGGAAUAAUGGGGUUGGCAGGUGUUCAAGAAAAUGGCAAUGGGAUUGAGAAUGGGCUGUCUGAAAUCUCAUUGGGGUCCCAAAAUAAGUAUCGGAGGAUGGAUUCUGUUGUGGCAGACGAAGAAGAAGAUGAAGCCUCGCUGAUCAGAGGGUCAAAUACCAGGAAAUAUAUUAUGCUUUGUGCCGUCUUUGCCUCUCUGAAUUCUGUGCUUCUCGGAUACGAUGUAGGUGUAAUGAGUGGAGCAAUUAUAUUUAUCCAGGAGGACCUGAAGAUAACAGAGGUUCAACAAGAGGUACUUGUUGGAAUUUUGAGUAUAAUCUCCCUAUUGGGCAGUCUAAUGGGUGGAAAAACAUCUGAUGCCAUUGGAAGAAAAUGGACAAUUGCCUUGGCAGCAGCUGUCUUUCAAACAGGUGGUGCUGUUAUGGCUCUUGCUCCAUCCUUUAAAGUUUUGAUGAUUGGGAGACUCUUAGCUGGAGUGGGCAUAGGUUUUGGGGUCAUGAUCGCUCCAGUUUACAUCGCAGAGAUAUCUCCUGCGAUUGCUAGAGGAUCUCUCACCUCUUUCCCUGAGAUAUUCAUAAAUCUGGGAAUACUUCUUGGGUACAUCUCGAACUAUGUGUUUUCUGGCCUUCCUGCACAUAUAAGCUGGAGGGUUAUGCUUGGUGUGGGACUCCUUCCUUCAGUUAUUAUUGCAGUUGCACUAUUCGUGAUACCAGAAUCCCCGAGAUGGUUAGUGGUGCAGAAUAGGAUCGACGAAGCUCGAAUGGUACUAUCAAAGAUAAAUGAGAGUGAUAAAGAAGCGGAAGAGAAGCUAGCUGAAAUACAAGUAGCAGCUGGAAUAGCUAAUGCUGAGAAGUACGAAUCACAAGCUGUUUGGAAAGAACUGCUGUAUCCUUCUCCACCUGUUCGGAGGAUGCUGAUCACAGGCUGUGGAAUUCAGAUUUUCCAACAGGUCACAGGCAUAGACACAACAGUAUACUAUAGCCCCACUAUCUUCAAGAAUGCUGGGAUAACAGGAAACACUCAGCUUCUUGCUGCAACAGUUGCUGUUGGAUUCACGAAGACCAUGUUCAUCUUGGUGGCUAUAUUUCUCAUUGACAAAUUAGGCAGAAAGCCAUUGCUGUUUGUGAGUACUAUUGGCAUGACAGUAUGUUUAUUUGGGCUUAGCCUCUCUUUGGCUUUCUUUGGCCAUGAAAAGGCAGGGAUCAUAAUGGCAAUUAUUUCGGUUUGUGGGAAUGUUGCUUUCUUCUCUAUAGGACUCGGCCCUAUAUGCUGGGUUGUGUCAUCUGAGAUUUUCCCUUUGAGACUUAGAGCACAAGCAUCAGCCCUUGGAGCAGUGGGAAGUAGGGUCAGCAGUGGUGUGAUCUCCAUGUCCUUCCUCUCCAUUAGUCGUGCCAUUACAGUCGCAGGAACCUUCUUUGUCUUUGGGAUUAUUUCAUGUUCAGCUGUUGCCUUUGUUUACUAUUGUGUUCCUGAAACUAAAGGGAAAACCUUGGAGGAGAUCGAAAAGGUGUUCCAGGACGAGGGAGAUGGCGAAUGGCAGAAAAACGAGGUUGAAAUGGGAGACGUUGAGAGACUGGUGCAGAAUUCAUGAGUUUUAUGUAGUGGGUAUGAAGCCUAACAUAUAUACUGUCAAGUUGGUGGCUGGCCAUACUCUUGUGUGAGCGGAGAUUUCUGCUUCAGAUUCAUCAUGGGUAUGUUCCGUUGCUGCAGCAUGCAGGAGAACAGGACUUAUAGUUGCUAGCAAAACAAAGAGGAGAAAUUUUAUUAUGCGAUGUUAUUUCUUGUAUGAAGCCACCAAUACGAGUAAUUAGUAUUAGCUGAAGUAGAUCUCAAUGUGCAUAUGUAUUACUAGUUACUACUACUCCUGCUUUGUAAUUUUUUUUCUUUCUUUCUUUGUUUUUUUUUCAAUCUGUUGGGAGUUGAGUUCUGAUUACAUUGAUUCAUUUUUCAUUGAACUAUCAUAAUGAAAAUUUCAUUGUCUCU